AUGGUUGCCAUGCCCCCCAGGGGUCAAAUAUGGGAUUUUUUGAACGGUAUACGCCCACACCAUUCUGUUGUUGGGAUAAGCCCACACCAUUCUGUUGUUGGGGUAAGCCCACACCAUUCUGUUGUUGGGUUAAGCCCACACAAUUCUGUUGUUGGGGUAAGCCCACACCAUUCUAUUGUUGGGGUACGCCUACACCAUUCUGUUGUUGGGGUAAGCCCACACCAUUCUGUUGUUGAGGUAAGCCCACACCAUUCUGUUGUUGAGGUAAGCCCACACCAUUCUGUUGUUGAGGUAAGCCCACACCAUUCUGUUGUUGGGGUAAGCCCACACCAUUCUGUUGUUGGGGUACGCCUACACCAUUCUGUUGUUGGGGUAAGCCCACACCAUUCUGUUGUUGAGGUAAGCCCACACCAUUCUGUUGUUGAGGCAAGCCCACACCAUUCUGUUGUUGAGGUAAGCCCACACCAUUCUGUUGUUGCGGUAAGCCCACACCAUUCUGUUCUUGAGGUAAGCCCACACCAUUCUGUUGUUGAGGUAAGCUCACACCAUUCUGUUGUUGAGGUAAGCCCACACCAUUCUGUUGUUGAGGUAAGCCCACACCAUUCUGUUGUUGAGGUAAGCCCACACCAUUCUGUUGUUGAGGUAAGCCCACACCAUUCUGUUGUUGAGGUAAGCCCACACCAUUCUGUUGUUGAGGUAAGCCCACACCAUUCUGUUGUUGAGGUAAGCCCACACCAUUCUGUUGUUGAGGUAAGCCCACACCAUUCUGUUGUUGAGGUAAGCCCACACCAUUCUGUUGUUGAGGUAAGCCCACACCAUUCUGUUGUUGAGGUAAGCCCACACCAUUCUGUUGUUGAGGUAAGCCCACACCAUUCUGUUGUUGAGGUAAGCCCACACCAUUCUGUUGUUGAGGUAAGCCCACACCAUUCUGUUGUUGAGGUAAGCCCACACCACUGCAACACAGAAAAGCUGCUUUAUAACAUACUUAAUUACCAUUUUUGGGGGGGAAGAAAAACUAUUUCACUCAUAUUGUAA